AUGGGAGUACCUGAAGAGGCUGUUGACUUGGGUGGACCAAGAAGAGAAUUUCUAAGACUUCUGAUCAAAGCUUUGCCCCUGUCUCCAAUGUUUGAGGGUGAAGAAGGCAAAAUGAACUUGGCGCUUGAUAGUGCUGCCAUGAGGGAGGACAGGUACUUCAUUGCAGGCAGAGCCAUUGCAGUAAGCCUUGUACAUGGUGGUCCACCAGCAGGCUUUCUGUCCCCAACACUCUUCUCUUGCCUUGUUGAUGGCCCAGAUUUGGCUAAACCAGUUUUAGAAGAUGUUGCCGAUAGUGACCUGCGUGAAAAAAUUAAAAGGGUUAAAGAGUGUAAAUCCUUUGAAGAUCUGAUAGUAGCAACUGAGCCACUUCAGGAAUACUUAGCCAAUGCUGGCUGCCUGAGGCCGCUACGGAGGCUGGAAGACAAGGAUCUGCUUAUACAUGACAUUAUCAAAGUCAAGUCAAAGUAA